GUCGCAAAAUCGAUUCACGAAGAUUCAUAUUUCACAUUCUCUUCAAGUUCUGAUAGGCUUAAGGGCUUAUUAGAUCGUUUACCAUGGAUUACCCAAAGAGAAGUAGAUCUUCUGAUGACGAUUCUCACGAUUUCAAGAGACAAAGAAUAGCUGAUCCCGGUAGACCUAGCAAAUCUUUAACGCUGGAGAAUGGGCUCAAAGUCUUUGUAUUUAGCGGCGGCGAAGACGUAGAAGUAUCAUCGGCUGCGAUGACUGUUCGAGUCGGUUCCUUUGCAGAUCCUCUCGAGAUUCCAGGGCUCGAUCAUGUAAUCGAACACAUUCUUUUUCGCGGUUCUCAAAAAUUCAGCAGCGUAAAUGAGCUACAAGAUUAUGUGGCUAAGUAUGAUGGCGGUACUAAUGCCCAUACUGAAUUUGAUCAUACAACAUUCAGCUUUGAAGUCGAUCCAGAACACUUUCAUGGUGCUCUUGAUAGGUUUUCCCACCUUUUCAUCAAUCCUCUCAUGGAAACAGAGAAGUUGGAACAUGAGAUCGAUGCCAUGGAUUCUGAAUUUCUCUUGAUCAAGUACAGUGAUGCUGAUCGACUUGAUCAAAUCCUCGCUCACACAUCUUAUGAGGAUCAUCCCUUCAAAUAUGAUCCCGGUAGACCUAGCAAAUCUUUAACGCUGGAGAAUGGGCUCAAAGUCUUUGUAUUUAGCGGCGGCGAAGACGUAGAAGUAUCAUCGGCUGCGAUGACUGUUCGAGUCGGUUCCUUUGCAGAUCCUCUCGAGAUUCCAGGGCUCGCGCAUGUAAUCGAACACAUUCUUUUUCGCGGUUCUCAAAAAUUCAGCAGCGUAAAUGAGCUACAAGAUUAUGUGGCUAAGUAUGAUGGCGGUACUAAUGGCCAUACUGAAUUUGAUCAUACAACAUUCAGCUUUGAAGUCGAUCCAGAACACUUUCAUGGUGCUCUUGAUAGGUUUUCCCACCUUUUCAUCAAUCCUCUCAUGGAAACAGAGAAGUUGGAACAUGAGAUCGAUGCCAUGGAUUCUGGUACCAAUACUCUACAAACCAAUUUCUCUUGAUCAAGUACAGUGAUGUUGAUCGACUUGAUCAAAUCCUCGCUCACACAUCUUAUGAGGAUCAUCCCUUCAAAUGUUUUUCUUGGGGCAACAGAGAUUCUCUCACCAAAGUUCCCCUUGAUUCUCUCCAAAAAUCAGCAUUGGAGUUUUUCAAUACACAUCUUAUGAGGAU